CGGACGCUGGGGACGGUGGGAGCAGAUCCAUUUCCGGGUUGGCAAAAGGGGCGGCGGCGGCGAGAAAGGGAGCUUGCCGAGCAGGGCCCGAGCAAGACUGGACGAAGCCGGAGCGGAGGUGGCGGAGGACUCGCUCCCGGAGCCGCUGCGGCCAGGUAUAUGAGUGACCUAAAGCUGCAAAUUAAAACGGAGAGAGAGCAGUGCCAGCUGCGAGCAGGGCAAGGAUGCCAAUUCCUCCCCCCCCUCCACCCCCACCUGGUCCUCCUCCACCUCCCACUUUUAAUCAGGCAAACACAGAGCAGCACAAGCUGAGUCGAGAUGAGCAGCGGGGUCGAGGCGCCCUCUUACAGGACAUCUGCAAAGGGACCAAGCUGAAGAAGGUGACCGCCAUUAAUGAUCGGAGUGCUCCUAUCCUUGAGAAACCCAAAGGAAGCAGUGGUGGUUAUGGCUCUGGAGCAGGUGCCCUGCAGCCCAAGGGAGGUCUCUUCCAAGGAGGAGUGCCAAAGCUCCGACCUGUGGGAGCCAAGGACGUUUCAGAGAACCUAGUGGGUAAGCCAGCCCUACAAGUCCCCAGUUCUCGAGCUGCUGCCCCAAGGCCUCCAGUGUCUGCAGCUAGUGGGCGCCCUCAAGAUGAUACAGACAGCAGCCGAGCGUCACUCCCAGAACUACCCCGGAUGCAGAGACCAUCGUUACCGGACCUCUCUCGGCCUCACACCACCAGCAGUACGGGCAUGAAGCACAGCUCCUCCGCCCCUCCUCCACCACCCCCUGGGCGGCGUGCCAACGCACCCCCUACACCUCUGCCUAUGCACAGCAACAAAGUCCCAGCCUACAACAGAGAGAAACCCUUGCCUCCCACACCCGGACAGAGGCUUCACCCUGGUCGAGAGGGACCCCCUGCUCCACCUCCCGUCAAACCACCACCUUCCCCUGUGAAUAUCAGAACGGGACCAAGUAGCCAGUCUCUGGCUCCUCCUCCGCCGCCUUACCGCCAGCCGCCAGGGGUCCCCAAUGGACCUUCCAGUCCCACUAAUGAGUCAGCCCCGGAGCUGCCACAGAGACACAAUUCUUUGCAUAGGAAGACACCAGGGCCUGUCAGAGGCCUAGCACCUCCUCCACCCACCUCAGCCUCUCCUUCUUUACAGAGUAAUAGGCCACCUCCCCCAGCCCGAGACCCUCCCAGUCGGGGAGCAGCUCCUCCACCCCCACUACCAAUGAUCCGAAAUGGUGCCAGGGAUGCUCCCCCUCCCCCCCCACCAUACCGACAUGGGUCGGAACCUCUGAGCCGGGGAAAGCCCCCACCUCCGCCCUCAAGGAUCCCAGCCGGGCCACCCCCUCCUCCUCCACCACCUCUGAGGAAUGGCCACAGGGAUUCUAUUACCACUGUCCGAUCUUUCUUGGAUGAUUUUGAGUCAAAGUAUUCUUUCCAUCCAGUAGAAGACUUUCCGGCUCCAGAAGAGUAUAAACACUUUCAGAGAGUAUAUCCCAGCAAAACAAACCGAGCUGCCCGUGGAGCCCCGCCUCUGCCACCCACUGUCAGGUGAAGUCUGGCUUGGUCCUGUUCCUCAGGAAAAGGAUGGACCCACUCCUCUUCUCAGAUGGUCCCUUCUAUUCCCCUGAAAACCUGCAUGAGAGCUCCUAAUGUGUUUCUCCAGUGCAACCAACCUCUAGACUCCAAGCAUUCCCUCCAGCUCACCUCCAUCUAUGCAUCUCGUCUCUGGACUUGGUGAUUGGACUCUUUAUAUUGACAAUAGGGUCUCGAACCCUGCAUCCAUCCCUCCUCUAGCAAGCCCUGCUAGCCAGAUGAGGAAAAAGCUUCCAUGUCUCCUGCUUUCCUCUUGGGGAAAGGUGCCUUGUUGUGAUGAAUUAACUCAUUGUUGGGGCAGGGUGGAGAAAGGUACUCCUGCCUCCUCCUACCCACUGUGGGGGAAGCUUAGUGGUAUAUUACAUUUCAUCAUUUAGGAGGCUGACAUGACCAGGACUUUGGGGGCGGGGGAGGGGGCAUUUUUAGUGAAAAGGAGAGGAGUUUGCAGAGAAGUGAUCUGUUUUAAAGGUCAUGUUUGAAGAAAGGGUAAGGAAAUGGGUCUGCUUUAUUUUUAGGGGUAUUUUGGUUUUGCUCUUAUCCCACCCCAUACACUCACCCCAGGGAUAAGUUGGAUAUAAACACUAAAUACUAAUCAGUUGAACUAAACAGCUAAUAAAAAGAGAGGGUGAAAUAAACUGGGGAGCCUUUUAGAGCUAGUCAGUUUCUUUGCAGAGAAGGGACCAGAAGCCAUUUGAGUCCUCUGGGACUCCCUGCCCUAUUUCCUCAGGGUGCUGCGGCCGAGGGAUGUUUUUCCUCCCCCCACCACCCAGCCCUCAAGAGAAAAGUCAUAUUCAUUCAUUCCAGAUUCACAAACCCCCAAAAUUUCCAGUUGGAGGUAGGAAGAUAGGACUUUGGCAUUGGCCUUACCCUUGACCUUGAGUUCACCUCAGUCUUUUCUGACUGGCCCUGAAGGUCGCCAGCCCUUUCAGUCCUGUCCAGACACGUCAGUCCGAUGGGUGCUUCAUGAUGACCAAGAAGGGAGGGGUGAAGCACCUUGUAGAAGGGACCAGCUCUGUGGGCUACAAAAGACUAAAGCCUACUCAUUGCAGAGUUCACAACCCAUCUGACCAAACAGACUCUUCCUGUUUUCUCCACUACCCUUGCCUUCCUGAGACUUGCAGGGGUUAGCACAGCAGAGUAGAUACGGGUGAGGCAGCUUAUGGGGGGUGAUCAAAGAUUUCUCUGUUCCAGGAAGCGCAAAGACUUUGGUGAGGUGUUCCUCAGCCCAGUUGAUCUCCCUUGGCGGCCAACAAUAUGUUGUUUCUUCAUCUUCCAGGUCCUAGUUAAAGAGCACAGAGAAAAUGGAGGUUCCUGAUCUAGGUAGGAACUGAACUUAAAAGAUGGGACAGGGACUUCCCCUUCUCUGACAGCGGGAUGGAGCUCCUGGGCUCCACACUGAUGGUUAGGUUUGCUACAGCUCUUGCCAAGUACAGAGGCUACUCAAAACUUGGAGUAAGAGGAGGGAGGCCAUGGCGAUUCCAUGAAAUGGUUGGGGAAAGUCAGUUGAAACAUUUCACCAGAUACAUCACAGGCCUAAACCACCUUAGGGACCUUUCUGAUCUGUUGGAUCACAGACUAAGGGCCUGUGCAUGGUGCCAGGUGAAACGCCAGUCUUCCAAAUGCUAGAUGAGAGAGGGCUCGACGUGGGGUAUUUGUAUGGGUCUUCUGUGCUUUGUCAUCCCCUGUACCACAUUGACUCUUGGGACAAACCAGGACUAGGUCUGUCACCAAACUUUUUUUAAUCAUUAUUUAUCAUUUUUCAAAUCAAUUAGCAGUUAUCUCCCAACAGUUUCCCCAGCGUCAUGAAUUGAAUAGAGCUAAGAGAGGGGAUGCUAGUGGCGGGAAAGGGAGAGAAGAGAGUACAAGACUGGAUACCGCAGCAGUUCCAGGGUAGAUGCUGACCAGUUACUGAACUUGGACUGUGAAGUCUUCCCAUUUGUUUUUGAAAUGGGAGUUGAUGCCUUUUGUACAAUGUUAUCAAAGUGUAUUUUUUCCCCUUUACUCAAAUACGGAGCAUCAGAAUAAGUAUCACAAGUAAAAGCCAAACCCCAGCUUUUGAUUGGGGCUGAUAUCUUCCUGCCCUGCGACCUACUGUCCCUCAUUCCCCAGCAUCUGGACUGUGUCACAUGGGUAUUGUGCUUUCAUUUUCUUGGGCCUAGAUCUAGUCAGAUGAAUUUUCUUCUUCAGAGCAUGUUAGUGACACAGUACUUAUUUAAAUGUCUCUGCCUUAUACGUUAUUUGGUCCCUCUGUUAAUAACAGAUUUAUUAUCAUGUAUAUUUACUAUCGAAGAAUGGGAAUGUGAUCCUCAUAGUUAUUGAUCUAUUUUGUAUGUUGUAAAAAGCUUGUAAUAUAGGUUUAAGGUGGGCUGGCUGCAAGAGCACUAAAACUUCUCACCUUUUAAACUGCUCUUUUUAUCUGCUUAUGGGAAUGCCGUCUCUUCAGUGGAAGAUUGGGUGGUCUCAUGUUGAGGCUGUUGCCCAGUCCCAUUAAACCCCUUAUCCCCUCCCAGAAGGAAGAGACAUUGCCCAACUAAGCAUCAGGAAGCUGUGUUAAAAGCCCUUGUGUGGGUUUGGUUUUAUGAUGUUUUUCUCUAGUGGGAAAAACUUAAUACUAUACUUGUUUCUUACUGCCCUUUCUGGGAAGCAGGGCAGUGGCCUCCAGGUUUGUAAAUGAGCUAGAUGCCCCUCUUCCCGCCUCUUCUCUGGUCACCAAACCUGGGUAAGAGCACUUUGAUAUUCCAGGUGUGGUUUUCUCUAGUGUGGGGAUUUCCUCCAGCAGCAGAGCCCCAUCAUCUUCACAGCCUGUGCCCACAGAGCGAGAGUGCUUAGGGCUGCCCUACCCAAUGGAUGUGAAGCUGCUGUCUCCAGAAAUUCAUCCCAGCCCUCCCAACUGGCAAAAGCAAAGAGACUAGCCACUGGCCAUUGCACUGGGGGCAUCCCCUCACGCCACGGCUUCCCAACUUGAAACCCAGAUUUACCUUCAGGGAGAGGUAAGAAAAAACUGUAAAUAGACUUGCUACAGAGCAACUCAGGGUUGGGGUGUGUUUUAAUUCUCCUGGUCACUUGAAAUAAUCUGUAGGCUGAAAGCUUAUGGGGGUGGGGGACAAGUGUGACUCCAGGGUCUUCUGAGAAGCUUUUGGGGUGGAGUAUAGGGCUUCUGAGGCCCUUUGAUGGCACUACACUGAGCUGUCUGUCCUUCUGGAAACCCAGCCUACAAUCAACUGCAAAUCAAAUUCUUCACAUUCCAGUUGUAGUCUUUCUUUCCCUAUUAAAUCUCAGUCCCUGACUAUGUAGUCAGGGUGGCUUUCUAUAAGCCACCCUAAUUUAGGGAAUGGAAGGCAUGACAGCUCUGCCUUCAAGACGCAUCUCUUAAAUACAAAAUGAAAGAAAACUACAGCCACCUUCAAAACACAUUAAAAAAAAAAAGGAAAACUAUUUAACCGAAGGAAGGGUUUGGUUCCAUUCAACUCCACGUUCAUUGUGCCUUUACUUGUGUUAGAUUUCCGUGCUUUCUUCCCCUCGCCCUCUUUGAAGCAAUUAAAAUCUUCCUUGAUAACUGCUGUUUCCUUCUUUCUACUCUUGUUCCUAACAUCUUAUUGGGUUCCCUAAUUGUCCUAAAUCUCAUUCCACUAGUGGCAGAGGGGCCAAACCUACUUUUCUCAUGCCUAACUUUUAUUUCCCAUGAUGACCAGCAUGGAACUCAUAGUCAACACUGAAUAAAAGACUAGAAUGACAUGUUUGAAGAGUGUGAGUGUGUAUGUGUGUGUCCAUCUUUGUCUGCAUGUGGGUCAGUUUCUUUUGAAAAUAAUUUAUUGUAUGAUUUAUUUUGGAGUUAUUUUCUGAUUACAGUGCUCCCUCUCCUAAUUAGUAUGGAUUCCACCCACCCCACCACCACCACCACCACCACUAAAAUGUAUAAUCUGGUCUCAGGUUGGAUUCUUUGGUACAUUUGUUUCUUCUGGAUGCCAUGCAGUUUAAUUAAACCUUACUUAAAAACAAAAACAAAAUACUGGAAACUGUGUACUCUUGUCUGGAAUGCCACCUCAUGUGAUGGCAUAGAGAGGGGAGAAAAUCUGUUGCCUCAUAUGCUAGGUUGGGUAGUGGUUUGACCCCAGGUCCACUGAGAAAGUAGAUACACUGACUUGGGCAGAAGUAUCUGCAGCUUCCUGAGGGUUUUCUCUCCUCCCCUCUGCUGUGUUUUGAAAAAUCACAGUUCUAGUUAGCCAUGCUGACUGGGUGAUUCUGAUAGAGUUGGUCAUUAUUUAUAUGUGUUGCCUAACUUCCCUUUGCUUAUGAUCUCAGGGAACCCAGGACACCCUCUGGCCUUGUGUCCUUUCUUUAUAUCCCUGUGAUUCUUUCAACCUGUGUUGCAUGGCCGAUUCUCACACUAUGGCAUGGAAGAAAAGGUGGGGGCCGAGCAUGCAGGCCUCGUGUGUCUAUUUUUAUGUGGGUAUUGGCUAUUUUUCUUCACUGCUCUUUAAGUUGAAAUCUUAGCUGGCUUUGUUGAACUUUGACUUUCGGUGUAAAAAUUAAACCAGACAUUCUCUGCUUACUAGGGUCAGCUGACAUCACCACUAAGACUUAAUGAGCUUACCUGACACUUUCAUCACUAGCAAAGGUCUUGAAAUUAUUUCCCAUACUGAUCCAUAAUGCGUGUGUGUAUGAAUCACUCUCACAUAAUUUAGAUAUAACAACCUGAGGGGGAGGGAAGGAAGAAGGGGGGAAAGGCCUUUCACUUUCAUCCGUACUUGCCAAAUUGGCUGAAUUCCUGAUUAUUUGGCCCAUCGUUGUUAUUAAUAUGAUUAAUAAACUACCUAUUUAUUGAUUUAA